AUGGUUGAUGCGUCCGCUCUACAUCCUGACCCUGUCCAGAUCUUCAGGCUCUGGCAAAUUUACCUGGACAAUGUCGAUCCAUUGCUCAAGGUUACACAUACUCACAGUUUGCAGCCGCGUAUAAUUGAAGCUGCUAGUAAUGUCGCGAACACUCCGCGUACCAUGCAGGCACUGAUGUUUAGCAUCUACUGUAUAGGUAUUCGUAGUAUCACUGCGGAGGAGUGCAGAUCUGUGUUCGGAUCCUCGAAAGACCAGCUCUUAAUUGAGUACCAAUUUGGCUGCCGACAAGCGCUAUGGGCAAGUAAAUUCCUGCAGUCUGACAACCGCGACUGCCUGACCGCAUUGUUCCUCUAUCUGCUCUCCCUAGGAAGGAGCACAACUCCUCCAUCGUUGCACUCCAUGCUUGGAGUUGCAGUUCGCACCGCACAACGUAUGGGCAUGCAUAGCGAGACAAUGCUAGCCAAACAUACCAUUCUUGAGGCAGAAAUGCGUCGAAGACUUUGGUGGGCAAUCGUGCUGUUCGACACUCGAAUUUCCGAGCUCGCUAGCUCAAACAUCGUCACAUUGGAUCCCACAUGGGAUUGUCGUCGUCCACUCAACGUCAACAAUUCUGAGCUACGAGCUGAGAUGAAGACGCCUCUUUCCAUGCGAGGCGGAUCGUCUGAAGCACUGUUCAUUGCCGUGCGUAGCGAGGUUGCUGACUUCAUUCGCCAUAGUGACUUCCAUCUUGACUACACUAAUCCUGCCUUGAAGCUGAUAUCCAAGCAUACACAGCGCGAAGUCAUUGCCCCAAACCAUGACCUCAACAAGCUAGAAGAGAUGCUUGAAGAAAAAUAUUUCCAGUUCUGUGAUCUAGAGAACCCGCUCCACUUCACAACAAUUUGGACGAUGCGAGCAUAUCUUGCCAAAUAUCGUCUCCUAGAACACCAUGCUAGGCAGUCCGACUUACCCGCGCAUCGAACAGAUGCACAGCGAGAGAUUGCCACCUCUUAUGCCCUGAAAGUCCUCGAAUGUGACACGAAGAUUAUGACCUCGCCUCCUACCAGAGGACUUCGCUGGUUGAACAUGUUUCAUUUUCCCUUCCCAGCCUAUAUUCAACUACUCCAAGGACUAGCAAGACGGCCGAUCGACGAAACGGCUUGUCAGGCUUGGGAAGCCAUAAGCGCAAAUUAUGAAGGGUGGUUCUCUGCCGAUGGCGAUUUCGAUAGUCCCGUCUAUCGUAUGUUCAGCAAGUUUGUGCUCGAGGCGUGGGAAGCCUGCGAAGCAGCUUCUGGACAAUUGAAGAGUGCUUUGACACCACCACAAAUCGUGUCAUUUAUCCGAGGCGCUUUGGCACGGGCAGAGCAGGACGUGGCGGACAAAGAUAAUGACAUGGCGAAGAUUGGGACAGGCAUUCACAACCGCAGCAUUUCAGCGCCUGUGUCUACGAAGUCUACGAGCCAGGGGAUAUCUGGCACUACGGAAUUGCAGUGUGAUUUGCCCACAAUGGGUGCAGAAGUAUUCUUUGGCAACCCAGGACAACACGUGCUGGCAACUGAGUUGAAUCAAUUGGAUUAG